AUGACACACCAGUCGACAUUGCUAUCUUCGAUUUCACAGCAGUACGUGCUUGCCAACAGAGCGCGCAGCAAGCUUCUCACGUGCGCGGCGGCCGGCAAGAAGAAGGACUUCGAUCUUCGUGUGUUGGUGGGCCACGCCAACCUUCUCGACCGCGUCAUGGAGAGCAUACAGAGCAUCGACCUUGACAGCGAUGAGCGCGAGUACCACGGCGUCGUUUCGCCAGAGUACGCCGCGACCGGCAAAGACCGCUCGGCCGACGCGCCCACGAUGCUCACCACACACGAACUCUACGACAGCGAUUCCGACUCCGAUAGUUGUUCCGACGAAGACGACGACGCCUACAGCAGCGACUCCGAGAGCGACAGUGACGAAGAAGAGUACAUCUCCGACGAUGAAUCGUCCGACAAGAAAUAUGAAUACGUUUUGGACUCAUCCUACAGGUUAUCUGUCUCGCACAAGCCUGCAGAGCUAAACUCUCGCAGCGUUCCUCGCGUGACAACCACCGCAUUGGCUAUUUCCGAAGACGACGAAGACAGUGACGAGGGCGAGUACGCUUAUGCGCGCGAACAAGAUCUGGCGGUUCUUCGGCCCGUUUGGGUAUGA